AUGCCCCCUCAACUUCUAGCCUGCGGCUCUAAUUCAGCCUCCCAUCUAUCAAUCAACCAUCCAGAUGAUGUCUUCACCCUUACACCGACAGUAUACCAUCCUUCUUCACCUCCCAUUCCAGAUACCUCCACAAUCCUCGACUUAGUAUCAACAUCUGCCCAUUCACUAUUACUCAUGUCUACGCCUUCUUCUGAAGGUGAUGUCAGACCUAGGAACAUCCUUCUUGGAGCUGGCACAAAUACUUGCGGUCAGCUGGGUCCUAGGUGUGCGUUGUGGGACGACAUCAAGCCUGAAGCAAGGUGGAAACCGCUCAAUUUACUAAACUCUGUUGGAGUAGGAGGAGAUUGGGAACCUGUGAAGAUUGCUUCUACAUGGACAACCAGCUUUGUAGUGUAUCAGCGGAUUAGUGAUUUUACACAAGAUCAAAGCGUUUCAUCUUCAAUGUCACAGGUAGAUACAGGCUAUUCUCAUAUCAAGGGCAACGAUGUGGAACAGAUAGUAUUGUCAUGCGGAUCAAACGACUUUGGUGAACUCGGGUCAACCACCAACGUACCUCUUACGUUGGAUGCUCCGGCUGAAAUACCCAUAUCUCAAGCCUCCAGAAAACCUACGAUAGUGGAAGUAGGAUUGAGAAGGGGAGAAAAAGUGGAAAUCAUCCAAGGUGGUCAAAGACAUGUCAUCGUGAUUAUUUCUGGUAGAAAUGGUGAACAGAGAGUGAUGGGAUGGGGUGCAAGUAGGAAAGGUGAAUUGGAUGCUUCAACGCUUUCAAGUAACCUUACGAAUGGCAGCAAAUCUUCGGCUUCCAAUAAGGCAAAGGGGAAGGGUAAAGGUAAAGCCGUUUCUCGAUCAACCACUUCACCGCCUACGAAGAUUGACUUGCAGAUACCACCAGGAGAGCGGUUCAUAGAUGUCUCCUUGGGAGCAUCGCAUACUCUGGCACUACUUUCCAACGGGACUGUUUUGGGCUGGGGAAGUAAUCUGAAAGGACAAAUCACCGAUAUACAUCUCCUCAAAGACGUAAAGUGUAUAGCGGCAACGUGGAAUGGAUCGUACUUCCUUACCAAAUCCAAUCGACUUCUCUCUCAGGGAUCAAAUACUCAUUCACAAUUACUUCGAGGACCCGAUGCAGAAACUGUAAGAGGGGAAGUGGAGAAACCGGAUGGAUGGGGAGUGGACAGGAUCGUAGCUGGAUCAGAACAUCUUUUGGUGCAUAUGAAGUCUAAAGAUAUGGAAGAAGGAGAAGAGUUAUGGACGGGAGGUUGGAACGAACAUGGUAAUCUUGCUUUGAGAGAUCAAGAGGACCGAGCACACCUUACAAGGGUCGGAAUCAAUGGGAAAAUCAGGGGUCUGUGGGGUGGGUGUGCUAGUACGUGGAUAUGGGUGGGAUGA